AUGGACCACAUCCAACUCAGUCACACCCUGGCCGAAGCUUUCAACGCUCUAGCCGACGAGGUGCAACACUUGGCCGAUCGCAAGACGGUCCUCGAGCACAAGCUGCGCUUUGCCCACGAGCAGUUCCAGUAUUUGGCCGAUAAAUAUGCACCGGCGACGCCAGAGAUAGCCGAGACCCUGGCAAAGCUGCAGCUGCCACCCCAUACCUCGGUCGACGAGACUUCACCCGUCCCUCUUCCGCAGCGUUCCACGCCGCAGUCGCAGCACCAACUGGCUCUUGUUAUUCGCGACGGACGCCGGGCGGCUAGUCAGCUUGCCUCUCUGGGGGAGUCGAGCAAGACCACCGGGUCCAGCAGGGAAAGUCUGUCGCACUCCACCCGCGACCAGACGUCUAUGUCGACGGCUCUGGAACAAGACUUCACAGUUCAAGGGAAGAAGGGCAAUCUGCAAUGUCCCUUCUCCAAGACGGCAGCCGGGGUUAACGAUGAGGCGGCGUCUGGGGAGGUGUCCGCGACUGGCCAGCAACAGCAUGCCGUGGAUGAUCCCAUCUGCAUGGCCAUGUACGAAGAAUCCAUGUCGCAGCCCCCUCCGAGUGGCACUGGAGCCAGCAAGUGUCCUAUUCGCUUCAUGGACAGGCACUCACCUGAGGAGAUUGCACAUUACGUCGAGACGCACAAGCACGAGUUGCCGCGCAGUCAUGAAGUGUGCCUCCGGCGGUACCAGAAGAGCGAGGAUCAAAUGAAGAAGCUGGACUCCAAGUAUGGCAACAUAGUGAGCAUGAUUGAGGGUCUUAGCCAUCUCCAUCAACCCAUGCUUCCUGAAGAAGAGCAACAGCAACAGCAGCGCCGACGCAGCGAUGUCGAUCGGGCAUCAAAUGAGCGCGUCGAGAACUGGGCCCACGCUGUAACAGCAACUGCCACACCACACGUGGAUGAAGAACAGGCCCAGGACGAUGCCGAUCGCCAGGGCCAUUUCGAUCGGCCGCUCAAGGAAGUCCGUGUUGGGGAGUCCCCCAGCCGGCCUUGGGGUAUCUCUGUUCCCAUCUACGAGAUGUCUGGGCCCGAGCACGAGCAUCCCAUGUCACCGCCUGCCGCGCCCGUUCGCAUGCCUAGCCCGCUUCAGCGACCACAGUUGCCAUCUCAAGGAGCUGGCAAGUGUCCUUUCGACCACACCAAGCUUGCGGCCCUGAAAGAACUCGCAGCGGCGGCAAAGCCCGAGGAAAAGGCCAUUCCGGGACCUAAUGUCGUUGACGAGUCUCCCUUCACCACCGGACGAGCGACGGCUGGUCCUGCUGCUGGUCCCACCACACAGCCUGCGUUUAUCAACCCAGUGGCAUCGAAGGAGGCUGCUGGAGGCGUGCCACAGAUGGUCUUUACCGGACCUGUCUUCAUUGGUUAUCCCAUGGACCAAGCGAUUCAGUUUAUGAACCAGUUCCGUGGGAACUAG